GAAAGACGGAGAGGGAGACGUAGGGUGAAUCAGAGAGGGACGGCGGAACUGUCAGUGCUGCAUCGGUCCUCCUCGCGUAAGGACUGGCCACGGAUCAUCAGCGAUCAUCUCUCACCAGGAGUCUUUCUCUCCUCAACAACGGACGAGACUGUCCCUCCCCCGUCGAGUAGUCGCGGAAUAAUCGACAACCGAGAUAUGGCAGCACCACAGGCGUCGUCGCGUCUCGAGAUGUUGCAGGCCCGCUUCCAGCAGAAGCAGCUGCAGGAGAAGGAGCAGAAGCUGCUGCAGCUGUACGACCAGCAGCAGCAGAGGGCCUAUCAGGUGGUGCAACGCGGUAGCGCCGGUUCCAACGGUUCCAAUCACGGCUCCAUGACUAGAACCACUACGACGACUCAUACGACCUCGACCUCGCAAGGCGGUAAGGUGAGGCAAAUGUUCGACGAGAGGCGGCAGACCACCGUGAAGGGGAUCGACAGGAGCUACCCUCUCGAGCCGCUGGAGAACAAGCUGCGAAAGCAAGCAACGAACGGCCUGACGACGCAGCGAAACGGUAAUCUGACGACGGUGAAUCGACAGUCCGUCAACGUGAAACGCGUGGCACGUGCGGACGUCAACAGCAACGUGAACGGCGGCAAGCCUGUCGUUUCUUAUCGCGAGGAAGUCACUCGCGAGUCAUUUGGCCCAUCCGUACACCGUCACGAUGACGAGGACGAAUUCGGCAGUGAGAACCGCGUCGUCAACGGACAUCAUCGUCACGAUCUUGACAAUGAGGAGGAAGUAUUAGACCAGGAGACGAUAGAGAGUAAUCGCAUGAUGGCGAAGAUCCACCUGAUGGGAUUCGAUGAGAGCCUGAAGCAUCGUGUGAGAAACGACCUGGAGAGCGAGGAGUUUCCGGAAUACCUUAUGGCGGACGUACCCGACAAACUCCCGAAGAGAAGCGUCACGAAGAAAUUGACGCAAGCGGAGGCACGACUCGAGCGAUUCAAGAACGCGAAUGCAAAGAGGAGCAACAACAACGCGCCGAAACAGCCCACCACGACCGGCGCCGCGACGAAAAGGCGAACGGAACAGAUGCUGCCAGCUCGAUCAAAUUCCAGAGGGAGCGAGAUCACCGACGCGACUUCCUCGGACAGCGCAAGAAAUGGAAGCAGCCGGGCCUGGGAGCGCGGUCGGGGAAAUCCCGAAAAUGCGAGAGACCCACCGCCGAAGAUUCGCGCGGUCGGUCGGCCUUGCAUCGCCGACGACGAGGUGAGCAAAACGAGGCGAGGAGAGGAAAGCCCAGACAUCGAGACACGUCGACUAAGCUCCCCGGGGAAGGUCGGCACAACUACGGCAGCUUGGAGGAGUUGUUCGCUCGAUAAUUACUACAAAUCGCUGUCAUCCGAUGGGAAGAUGAUCAUUAGACGUGGCGUGAGUCCGCGAUCCCGCGAAAAUAUAGACUUCAGAUCGGCGUCGGCGGAUCGAGAAACGCGCGCGAGUCAAAGCACGAGUCCGGAAUUCUUCGACGGAGAAGGCGCGGGAUCCACCACGACCAUGACGAUCGAUCGAAGAGGAUCCACGUCGUCACACGAUCGGGAGAUAUUAACGCAGCAACGCGAAGAAGCCAGAGGAUCCACGACGAGUAUCGAUCGAAAGUACGCCGAGAUUACGCGAGAAAAACGCUCCUCCAGUUCGCCAUUUUUCUUCAGAGACUCCGGAGAAUCCGACGCGACUGUAAGCAUUGAUCGCAAAAGUAUCGGCUACAGAUCAGCGUCAGAUGAUCGACAAACACGUGAGACACGCGCAAGCCGAAGCACGAGUCCAGAAUUUUUCUGUAAAGAAGGUGAAAGGUCAGCCACGACCAUGAUGAUCGACAGAAGUAAAUCCACGUCGUCUCGCGAUCGGGAAAUAUUAACGCAGCGAAGCGGGAGGGUCGAAGACACCGCAACGAGUAUCGAUCAAAAGUACGCUGAGAUUACGCGUAAGAAGCGCUCCAGUUCGCCAUUUUUCCUCAAAGAGCCCGGAAAAUCCAGCGCGACUAUGAGCGUUGAUCGAACAGAUGUCGGCUUGAGGUCAACUUUGAUCGAUCGGGAAACGCGCGAAACACACGCGAGUCGAAGCACGAGUCCAAAAUUCUUUGGUAGAGAAGACGAAAGAUCAGCUACGAACAUGAUGGUUAAUGAAAGGGCCAGAGGACACACGGUGUCAUCACGCAAUCGAGAAAUAUUAACGAAGCGAGACAGGCAAGCCAAAAGAACUACAAUGAGCGUUGAUCGAAAGUAUGCCGAGAUUGCACGCGAAAAGCGUUCCUCCAAUUCGCCAUUUUUCCUUAGAGAAUCCAGAAAAUCCGGUGCGACUAUUGAUCGAGCAGGUAUCGAUUUAAGGUCAAUAUCGGCCGAUCGACAAACGCGCGGGACGCGUGUGAGCCGAAGUACAAGUCCAGAAUUCUUUUGUAAAGAAGAUAAAAGGUCAGCCACGACCAUGAUGAUCGACGGAAGAGGAUCCACGUCGUCUCACGAUCGGGAAAUACUAACGAAGCAACACGAACAAACCAAAGGAACCACGACAAACAUCGAUCGAAAAUAUGCCGAGAUUACACGUAAAAAACGCUCCUCUAGUUCGCCAUUUUUCCUCAGAGGGUCUGGAAAAUCCGGUGUGACUAUGAGCGUUGAUCGAACAGAUGUCGGUCUGAGGUCAAACUCGGCCGACCGACAAACGCGCGGGACACGCGCGAGCCGUAGCACAAGUCCAGAAUUCUUCUGUAAAGAAGGUGAAAGGUCGGCCACGACUAUGAUGAUCGACGGAAGAGGAUCCACGUCGUCUCGCGAUCGGGAAAUACUAACGCAGCAAAGCAGGCGAACCGAGGGAACCUCAAAGAGUCUCGAUCGAAAAUAUACCGAAAUUGCGCGCGAAAAGCGCUCCUCAAGUCCGUUAUCUUUCUUCAAAGACUCUGGAAAAUUCAGUGCAACUGUCAGCACUGAUCGCAAAAAUAUCAACUACAAAUCAGCGUCAGCUGAUCGACAAACACGUGAGACACGCGCGAGCCGAAGCACGAGUCCAGAAUUCUUCUGUAAAGAAGGUGAAAGGUCGGCCACGACUAUGAUGAUCGACGGAAGAGGAUCCACGUCGUCUCGCGAUCGGGAAAUACUAACGCAGCAAAGCAGGCGAACCGAGGGAACCUCAAAGAGUCUCGAUCGAAAAUAUACCGAAAUUGCGCGCGAAAAGCGCUCCUCAAGUCCGUUAUCUUUCUUCAAAGACUCUGGAAAAUUCAGUGCAACUGUCAGCACUGAUCGCAAAAAUAUCAACUACAAAUCAGCGUCAGCUGAUCGACAAACACGUGAGACACGCGCGAGCCAAAGCACGAGUCCAGAAUUCUUCUGUAAAGAAGGUGAAAAGUCGGCCACGACUAUGAUGAUCGACGGAAGAGGAUCCACGUCGUCUCGCGAUCGGGAAAUACUAACGCAGCAAAGCAGGCGAACCGAGGGAACCUCAAAGAGUCUCGAUCGAAAAUAUACCGAAAUUGCGCGCGAAAAGCGCUCCUCAAGUCCGUUAUCUUUCUUCAAAGACUCUGGAAAAUUCAGUGCAACUGUCAGCACUGAUCGCAAAAAUAUCAACUACAAAUCAGCGUCAGCUGAUCGACAAACACGUGAGACACGCGCGAGCCAAAGCACGAGUCCAGAAUUCUUCUGUAAAGAAGGUGAAAAGUCGGCCACGACUAUGAUGAUCGACGGAAGAGGAUCCACGUCGUCUCGCGAUCGGGAAAUACUAACGCAGCAAAGCAGGCGAACCGAGGGAACCUCCAGGAGGCUUGACAGGAAAUACACCGAAAUUGCGCGUGAGAAACGCUCCUUGACUCCGCAAUUUUUCUCCAAAAAGUCCGAAAGAUCCGCCACCAUAACGCUGAUCAAGCCAAAGUCAAGUUCGAUGGACAUCACUAAAAGUAUCUUAAAACGGCGCAAGUGUACUUUGAACACUUCCUAUAAACAACCCGUGAAAGCUUCGUCGUCGACGAACAAAGAAGCUCGUUUCACGCGAAUCGGAUACACUCCGAGUUCACUGAUGAGCAGAAGUGAGACGAAAAGGAGUGCAAGGAGAAACGAGGUCUCCAGUGCGAUCGUUCGAUCAGACAGUCGCAGAUCAUCGAAGAUCUCUGACAUCUCCGCCACUUCAGCCAGCUCAAUCGUGAGCCUGAAGUAUGGUCUGGAGUUCGACAAUAUUCUCCAAUCGACAGGGCUUGUCCGUAAAUUCAUGAAGUCUCAGAAAGAACAACGCAAAACGCAUCACCAAUUGUCUACAAAGCGCGACAUCAAGAAUAUAAACACGCGAGCCGUGAGAGACGAUCAUCAAUUGAGGAAUCGGUGCAAAGUUUCUCCGCUCUCCCAAAAAUCGAGCUCACCGACCGUCGACAGCAAACAGAGAACUACACCGGAGUAUUCGCGCAAAAGCAUCACUCCCACGGAAGUUGACGUGGAGAUUCAAGAGAUCACCAUGACUGACCAUCGCAUGGAGCGCUCCACGCACGGGUCCAGGAAAUCAUCGAGUCCGGAACAGCCGAAGAGUCGAAUCGAAUCUCCGAACGUUUCGACUUCCUCAAGGAAGAUGAUUUCUCCGAAGAGAGACUGCGGCCGGCAGUAUGGCGCGAAGUUCGAAACUUCACCGCGAUUCUCAUCCUUAAGAAAAACUGCUCGCCGUGGCGCUGACAUCCCCAAGACUACGUUCAUCCGAAGAGUCGCGGAUCAGAGAGAGGAUCGGAAUUACGCAUCCAAAUAUGCCACGUAUACGAUCAAAGACCGCAAACGCCAGAGUGUGUUGGUCGCGAGGAAAGGCUCGCCGGACUUGUCCAGCGGUAAAGUGAACACAGAGAGUAAAUUCGAGGAGUCAAAAGACGCGCGAGAAUUUUCAAAGGCAAUGUUCACGCGACGAGAGGACGAGUCUGGAGAAAAAGAUACUGGGAGAGUAGGACCGUUGUCCAUCCAGGAGUCGGCGACACGAGGACUCGACUCCGUCGGAUCCGAGCAUUCGGCCCGCUCACUCUCAGAAAUCUCCUUGCGAACGAUGGACGUGCAAACGAAAGCCCCCGCCAUAGAAUUAAACGCGAGGUCGACGGUAGACUCUUCUCGCGAAGUAACGAGCGAUACGACUUUGAGAUCGAGUCUGCGAACUCCGACUGGCAGAGGCUCGAGAGUUGGGAAGAUCGCGCGUGGGAAGAGCGAUCUUAAAACGACUUCCAGUAUGGUGAUUCGUUCUUCUAGGAAAAUGACGAAAACCUAUCGAAACUCGAGCGAUAAGAAGCCGGGAUCGGCACAGAAGCGAUCACCGACCUGCAAGCGCCAAUUGUUCGAGUUCGACUCAGAGAAGGAAGUCCAGAAGGGGAAAGAGGAGCGAACGAACUGGAGUUGCACGAAGGCGCGGAAAAGAGAGAAUUACUCCUCCGCAGACAUUGGAGCUCGCGCAGACGAAGCAACGUCGAAGCUGAAGUCCCUGGAGGACCUCGACGUUGCGACGAUCCCGGUGAAACCUCUACGAUCCAUCGAGGACAUCCGCAAGUCGAUCGAUUGUCGCGAACAAAGCGGAUUAACCGCCGCGAAGAGGUCAAGGUCAGCGAUUGCAAAUUGGCGUUCCUCAACGUCGCGAGAGAGUGGCGAUGCGAGAAGAUCGAUCUCCGCAAGCGGCGCAGCGAGACGCGCGGAUGAGCCCGCGAGAUUAACUAAAGUUCAAUCCUGUGUAUCCAGGAUCGCGAAGAGCCCGAGUCCAGACGCGAGCGCGAGGAAGCAGCACGAAACGAGCGCGCGAGCGACACGGGGAAGCGCCCCUUCGUCUCCCUCUAAGAGUCCCGAUAGACAUGUCGCUCCUAGGCGCGGAUCCACGGAGCCGAAGAACCAAGACGCGAGACUGGCGAGAAGGCCGGUCGUCGCGAAAGCCGCGGAAUCGAUCGGAAGCAAAACGACGACCGAAGCGAUGGACGCGGUCGACGGUGUCGUUCAGCAGGACGGUUCGCCGCGCGAAUCCUCCGCGAAAAAGUCCGACGCCUUUGUGAUCGACCUGGACGAUCGACCGAAAGAAAGCGACACGACGCCUCCGAAAAAAGUGACGCCAAUAAGGAGGUCCUCGAACGAUAAAAAUCAAACAACCUCGAGUGCAACGGGCCGACCAAGCUCGUCGGUAUCGUCGAACUUUGGCAGUGCUGGCACGACGCAAAGUCAAGCUUCCAGCACGAAAAGUAGAAUGGCCACGAGAGCCAAAACGCCUGUUUCCGGUGGAUCGCAGGCGAGAGGACCGUCCGCGGCGCGAAACGUGGGAAAUACCAACUCCGCAGAUAACUUGGUAGCCUGCCACACAUGCGGACGCAACUUCGCGCAAGAUCGAAUCGAUCUUCACCAGCAGAUUUGCGCGAAAACGACGAAUAAGAAGAGAAAGCAGUUCGACGCGAUGACGUUCCGCGUCAGGGGAACCGAGCUCGAGCCCUUCGUGAAGAAAGGCGUCGCCAAGAAACAAGAGUCGCGUGCGAAGAAGCCGGGGCUGAAGUCGAACUGGCGGCGCAAGCACGAGGAAUUCAUCGAGACGAUUCGUUCCGCCAAGAUGGUGCAGUCGCACCUGGCGGCAGGUGGCAGCCUGAAGGAUUUACCGCCACCCCCGCCCAGCGACACCAGCGAUUACAUCCAGUGUCCGCACUGUAGCAGGAGAUUCAACCAGGCCGCCGCGGAACGGCACAUUCCCAAGUGCGAGCACAUGCUGCAUAACAAACCAGCGCACGCGCGAGCUGCGAGACCGAGACGUUAGCGAAAAAUCACGGAAUGCAGCCCGGCCGUUUCCUUCGCGAAUCCGAACUCCUUCUCCUGAAAGUCGCUCGCUGGUCAAUUAAGCGCAGCCGACCUAAGUGUACACGUGCCUUGUAUUCAAACAUUUUGGUCGAUAUAUACUUCUCUUUCUUUCUUUCUUUCUUUAUCUCUCUUAUUCUCGACUUCGAACGCAAGUCGGGGGAAAACGUUGAGCCUGAAGCUCGACGAACUUGUCGUCAAAACUUGUCCGGAAUUAAUAUUUUUCCAAAAUGAAGAUUAAAAGAGGAAGAGCUCAUCGUGAGCUGUUCGUGACUUCGCGAUGAACAAACGCUGUUCUUGCGAAAUGUAAGGCACAAUUUGAAAUUUUUACUUGGUGUACGAGUCGCUGCGUCGCUGCAACUAUUAACAGAAACUUCGCGAACUAAAGAGCUAUAAUUAAAAAAAGCGUUACGAGAGCACGUCGCAUUAAUGAUCACAGAAAUUGUGUAUAUUAACAAUCGCGGGGGACGGCAUGCACAGUCGCGCGAAUGCGGGAUAGUCCGGCAACCGCAUCGAUUGGCAAUCUCGACGUUUAAAAUCCGGUAGACACGCCGAUAAUGAAUGUCGCUUUUCACUCGUAAAACCACGUGUCGUUCAAAGGGGGCUUUGACUAACUGUUGAUCGGAUUUUUCUAUUAUCGCGUUGACUUUUCUAUGCAUUAUAAUCAAGCGCAUUUUUAUAACCGCAACAAUCAUGUACGACACGCAGAUGCGAGUAUGCGCUGAUGAUGUACGUGAAAUAAAUGUAUUAUACAGCACAAAUGGCAAUAAAUUCGGAAUUCUUGUUUUUUGUAGCACACGAAUUCCAUACACGAUGAA